GGGCAGACAGGGUUGAAAACAAAACCCCCUCACCUGCUCUUUAAUAAAGCGCGAUGGCAAGUCCCAUCAAAAUCGAGAAGAAUUGGCAAAAAAACAUCGCUCACAAUGGCCGAGGCCGUAGGGCUUGCCGCGAGCAUCAUCGCCAUCGUCGAACUCUCCGCCAAAGUCGGGAAACUCUGCGUCCAGUACUCGACGGCUGCUGGAAAUGCCAGGGCUGACAUUACCCGACUUCAGAAUCGGCUGAAGGACCUGAACGUAUGCCUCGAAGCGGCCCAGCGACUCCUCGAUGAUCCGAAGAAUACGAAGCUUGCGACAUCGCGGUCGCUAGUUGAUUCGUUGAAUGCAUGCGAAACAGAACUAGCAGAAGUCCAGGAUAGACUCCACCCUGGGAGCGCGCGGAAGGCCAUGCGUCGAUUUGGUCUACGUGCGCUUAAGUGGCCGUUCAACGGCAAGGAAAUCAGUACGGUCGUAUCAAAUCUUGAGCACUACAAGCAGACAAUCACGCUGUGUCUGCAAGUCGAUCAAACAACAAUUCUCCUCGACAUGUCGCAAAGGGUCGAGGGUUUGUCGCUUCAACAGCAGGGAGAAACCGGGAUUGCUCGUGCGCCCUGCUUCAAUGUCCCCUUCGAUCGAGAUAACGACUUUGUGGCACGUCCAGAUAUGACGGCUUGGCUCAGAGACAAGUACAGCAGCUCUACUGGCCGCAUGGCCCUUGUAGGCAUGGGAGGGUUUGGUAAAUCACAAGUUGCUAUUAAUUUUGCCUAUUCUAUCAACGACGAGGCUUCUGAUUUCAAUAUAUUCUGGGUUCAUGCAAGUUCAAAACCGAGAUUCGAAGAAGCCUACCGCGCUAUAGCAGAGAGGAUGAAACUACCCAAGCGAGACGAGCCAAGCAUGGACAUCCUUGCUCUUGUUCGCGACUGGCUACAGAACGAUGAAUCUGGUCCUUGGCUGAUGAUUCUGGACAAUGCCGAUGACAUUAAUCUCUUCUAUCCCAAAGGCAUAGACGAGCGGUCGUUGGCAUCGUUCCUACCCAAGCGCCACAAUGGCACCAUCCUGGUCACGUCUCGCAGCCUCGAUGUUGCGGAAAGGCUGACCGGCAGUCACAAGAACAUCUUCCAAGUGUCUACCAUGGACGAGGCCCAAGGUCUUCAUCUUAUCACAAACAAACUCACAGGUGAAUUCGAGCAUGGCGCUGCUGUUGAGCUCCUUCAAGCUUUGGAUUACAUCCCCCUCGCUAUCACCCAAGCCGCAGCCUACAUCAACCGACGCUCACCCCGUGAAUCUGUUGAAAGCUACUUGGAAGCAUUCCAAGAAAGCGAUCAGAAGAAAAACAGCCUGCUUGAAGUGGAUCUUGGUGAUCUUCGCAGAGACGAGACUGUUUCCAACUCUGUGAUUACCACUUGGCAAGUUACAUUCGAGAAGAUCCGUCACGAAAGGCCGUCGGCAGCCAAUCUUUUAUCAUUCAUGAGCCUUUUUGAUCACAAGGGAAUUCCAGAGUUUGCACUUCAUUACUACAACGGCGAGCCUGCGGAUUCGAAAGACAAGGUUGAUGGUUUUGAAGAUGAUCUAGACGUGCUUCGCAGCUAUUCCCUUGUCUCCGUAACGGCAGUUCGCGACGUCUUUGAGUUACACGCCACCGUGCAGACAUGCACCAGAGCCUGGAUCUCGUCUUCGGACACUUUGCCAAAGUUGAAGCGACUGUUCUUGAUCUCGAUGUGUCGCAAUUUCGAUGCUAAUGACUUUAAAUACAGGUCUACAUGCCAGAUACUACUACCUCACCUAGACCCUGUGAUUAGGGAAAAACCAGAAGAGAAAGACUUGGAGUUAUGGGGAAACUUGCUCAACCACUUAGCAAGAUAUUUCAUCUGGUUUGGUCAGUAUAAAACAGCAGAAAAGAUAUGCAAUAAGGUUAUAGACAUAUGCCUGCCGAGCCUUGGGGGGGAACAUUAUACCAUACGGAUCUCCCUAUGGGGACUAGCUUCGGCCUACAGACGACAAGGAAGGUUUAAAGAAGCGGAAAAUGCUCUAUUACAGAUCGUGGACAUUGAAAAGAGAAACCUAGGAGAGGAGCACCCAGAGACGCUUGUGUCGAUGAAUAAUCUGGCAAUCACGUAUCUCCGUCAGCGUCGAUAUGAUGAGGCCGAAGAACUUCUCGUUAGGUUAAUAACAGUCAGAAAGAGCACUCUGGGAGACAGAUCUCCAGAGAUCCUAAGCUUGACAAAUAAUCUGGUAUCCCUAUAUUCAAGGCAAGGCCUUUACGAGAAGGCAGAAAAGAUGGCCAUAGAGUUGCUAGAAGCAUCAAGGAUAGAGAUGGGUCUUGACGACCCAGAUACCCUGGUGAGGAUGAACAACCUAGCUUGGAUAUACUGGAAACGAGGGCGACUUGGUGAGGCCCAUGAGCUCCAAAAACAAGUCUUAGCUGAGAAGACGAAGGUGUUGGGGAAAGAUCACCCUGGAACAAUAGGCGCAUUGGCCCUUGGGGCUAGUAUCAUGAAGGACAUGGGACAUCGCACAGAAGCUCUGUCGCUACAACAAGCUUGCGUGGAUGGUUACAGAGAAUCACUUGGCCCUGAACAUCCAAAGACAGUGGCUGCAGUGCAGGUUCUUGCGUGGUGGGAGGCGGAGACUGGCCUAUCAGAACAGUAAUUUGUAUGAGAAUCAAUGGAGAUCCAAGCGCAAAGAGCGCGAACUAGCUUAAUACCUUAGAGUCUGAUUGAUGCUGGCAAUCAGUGAGCUCUUGGCAGAUAUAUUUUCUAUACUCAUUCUUCUUAUAAUCUGGGCUGAGAGAUCUCUUGGCGGCCUAAAACAGCGUGUUUAUCCUAAGUCUGUACAUGUCGCGAAUACUCAGUUACUGUACC